AUGCCUGGAUUGGUUACAUUAACGAUGUCUCAUUGUGAAAUUGAUACAAUCGCAGACGACACAUUUUCUUCACGUAGCUUGUUGAGGUAUUUAGAUUUGUCCUUUAACAACAUUCCCCGAAUAACUGACAAAACAUUUGCGGGACUAACCAAUUUAAUUACCCUCCAGAUCAGUGGGAAUCCACAUUGUGAACUCAGUGAAAAAUCUUUCGAUAGCCUUUCAAAUCUGCAAGAACUUUAUAUUGCCGACAUGGACUUGGAACGCUUAGUUCCAGUUAUGUUAACAAAUUUGAAAAAUCUUCGCAUUUUGGAUGUCCAUGGAAACAAGAUUUGGAAAAUUGAGUUUGAUUUAGGGGCUAUGUUUCCCAGCCUACAACACUUUGAUAUAUCAGAAAACCUUCUCAAGGGACUGCCUAAACGUUACAAUAAUUCUUUUGCAAAUCUUGCAACUUUAAAAUUGUCAGGAAAUCCGCUACAAUGUAAUUGUGAAUUACGAUGGUUGAAACAUGCACCUAAAAAGGCAUUGGAUCCCGAGUAUGCAAGUGAUGCUUUAUUUUGUACAGGACCAGAACGACUAAAAUAUGCUCCGAUUUUGCGCGUUCCAGAUUUAGAGUUUAAGUGCGUGCCUCCCGAAAUAACAAACUGCACUACUGAAACCUAUGUAGUCAUGGAAACUUCAUCCCUUCGUAUGUCAUGUGAGCUGACAGGAGAUCCUUACCCGGAUGUGACAUGGACGAGACACGAUGGGAAAUAUGUGGCAUUUACCUACGAAAACACUUCGAACUACUAUGUUUCCAGAACUGGUUCCUUGGAUAUCUUUAAUGUAUCAAAGACCGAUGAAGGUACUUGGACACUUGGUGUCAGUAAUACAGUCGGCCAGCGAAGUCAUCAACUGAAAAUUGUUGUCACCCUAAAAACGACAACAUCCACAACUACAACGACAACGACGACGACAACAACGACAACGGCGACAACGACGACGACUACAACACCGUCGACAACAACCACAUCUACUACGACGCCGACAAAAGCAAUGCCGACAUCAACACCGACUUCACAAACAAAAACGGCAAGAACGUCAGAGCAGACUACAUCAAAAGUUAUACCUGCUAAUUCGAUGAUUAGCAAUAGCAAUCAUCAGCAAGCUAGUGGAGGUAUGGUAACAUCUAAACUCCCCAAUCAAAACAACCCGAAUCCAACAAGCAUCGCAUCAAAACACAUGGACAAGACUAAAGAUGAAAGCGACCUGAAAAAGCCAACAGAUAAAAAGGCGCCGGUGACGAGCGACGAAGGUGGGGGAAUGAACAUGAUGAUGAUAGCUGGAGCUGGAGGAGGAGGAGGUGUGUGUCUUAUCGUCAUCAUCGCCGUGACGAUCUACUGCGUGAAGAGGAAGAAGAAUAGUAACCGUGUAGAGGAUAUCAGCAUCAAACAGGACGAUGAUUUUGACUCCGUAAGAACGCCACGUCGUCGUCGCCUGGCCGAUGAUUUCUAA